AUGGAUUCGAAUAAGGUCAACGGCAAUGCUAGCCAUGCCCUGGAUCUGACUGUCCUCGGCCUGAACAGCGGGACGUCGAUGGAUGGCAUCGACUGUGCCCUUUGUCGUUUCCGGCAGGAGACGCCCGAGUCGUCUAUGCACUUUGAGCUACUGAAGUAUGGAGAGAUCCCGCUGGAGGCGGAAAUCAAGAAACGGGUUAUGAACAUGAUCCUGCACAACAAAACUUCUCCGUCUGAGUUGUCAGAAGUCAACGUUAUCCUAGGCGAGACGUUUGCGUCGGCAGUGCAACAGUUCUGCAAGGAUUUUGAUGUCGACAUUGACUCGAUUGAUCUCUUGGGCUCCCACGGCCAGAUGAUCUGGCUGCUCUCCAUGCCCGAGCCAGGCGAGACUCGAAGCGCAUUGACGAUGGCCGAGGGAACAUUCCUGGCCUCGCGCACGGGGAUCACCUCAGUGACAGACUUCCGCGUGAGCGAUCAAGCUGCCGGGCGCCAGGGUGCUCCACUGAUUGCGUUUUUUGACGCAUUAGUGCUACACCACCCGACCAAGUUACGUGCCUGCCAGAACAUCGGUGGCAUCGCGAACGUGUGCUUUAUCCCGCCAGACACCCACGGCGGCGUGAACGAAUGCUACGACUUUGAUACUGGCCCAGGUAAUGUUUUCAUCGAUGCCGUGGUGCGCCAUUACACCAACGGGGAGCGCGAGUAUGACAAAGACGGCGAGAUGGGUGCGCGUGGGAUUGUUGACCAGGAGCUCGUGGACGACUUCUUACGCCACCCGUACUUUGCCCUAGAACCGCCCAAAACUACGGGCCGCGAGGUUUUCCGGGACACGCUCGCGCAUGAACUUAUCACCAAAGCGGAGACUAAGGGUCUUGGUCCUGACGAUGUUGUUGCCACUGUCACCCGUAUCACAAGCCAGGCUAUUGUGGAUCACUACCGUCGCUAUGCCCCUAAAGACCUUGAGAUUGCCGAGAUCUUUAUGUGUGGCGGGGGCGCUUAUAACCCUAACAUCACAUCAUUUAUCCAGAAGCACUAUCCCAACACUCGCAUCAUGAUGCUGGAUGAGGCCGGGAUUCCCGGCGGUGCCAAAGAGGCCAUCACCUUCGCCUGGCAGGGUAUGGAGGCUGUGGUGGGCCGUUCCAUCCCUGUUCCCACGCGCGUCGAGAAUCGUCAAGAAUAUGUGCUCGGAAAGGUGUCUCCGGGCAAGAACUAUCGCAAAGUCAUGCGCCAAGGUAUGCUUUUCGGUGCGGGUCGCGAUCAUCUUUCCCCGGUGAAGGAACUCGUCAACUAUGUUGAUGGCAAGGUAUUCAACAACAAGUGGUAA